AUGGUGGCCAUCUACCUCUCCAGUAUCUUUACGCUUGCACUCGCUGCGCAAGAGGCGCCGGCGGAUGCCAUGACGUUCAAGAAACCCGACGGCGGCGGCGGCUGGAACUCGGGCGGCGGCUGGCAAAUCAACGGCGGCGGCAAGUGGAAUGGCGGUGGCGGUGGCUGGAACAACGGCGGCGGCUGGAACAACGGCGGUGGCUGGAACAACGGCGGUGGCGGCGGCUGGGGCAAGAGAACACCAUGCCCGCAGCCUGGACCCAAUCCUGGUCCCGCGCCAGGCCCCAUUCCCGGCCCUGCUCCAGGCCCGAACCCCGGUCCCGCUCCAGGCCCCAAUCCCGCCCUCAGCCUGGCCCUGGGCCGCAGCCUGGCCCUCAACCGGGUCCUCAACCAGGUCCGCAGCCGGGUCCGCAGCCUGGCCCUCAACCAGGUCCGCAGCCGGGUCCACAGCCGGGUCCGCAGCCUGGUCCAGCCCCUGAUUUGUUCUCUCUUCUAA